AUGCCUUACUUCGGUAAGUUUAUUAUUUACGAGAGAGAUUUAGCAGGCUUACUUCAUCCCUACUUUAGGACGGUCUUUAUCCCUCGUCUUAUUGCUGCUUUCGUCGACAGGAGUUAUCAUUUAGUACUUCAUGCUAUGGUACUGAUGAACGAAACUCCAGAUAGCAACAUUAAGUACAUUGACAGUGCUUCUUUCUGGAGCAAAGUAAAUGAAUCCACAAUAAGUUUACCUGAGGGAUUACCCACAAAUCUGAAGGAACUUUUCGAUGCGAUAAUUAAUGAUGGGAGAGAUACCAAAGGUCGGCUCAACUUCAAAAAACUCAGAUUAAAGAUAUUAAGUGAAAAGACAACUGCUGUGGUAGAGGAUGAUUAUGAGAAAAGUUCCUUCUUAGAUAUUUUAGAAAUGCGGGAAACCACUUGCAAGGCCAGUAAAGAUAUCGCAAAGACACAAGAAGAACUAUUUGGGGAUACGAUACCCCUCAACAAAGGCUUUGGUCGUCGAAUAGAUCUCCUCUUAUCAAGUCAUAAUGUUGAAUUAUCCACAAAUGAGUGGAAAAGAAAAAAGGUCUCGCCGGAACAAUGCCUAAUCCAACAAACUAAGAAUAUAAGAAUGAACAAAGCAAUACUCAGUGGUGGUAAAUCAAUGCUUGGUGGCGGUGUUGCUCAAGGAUACCAAGGAUAUAUGUUCGGAGUAGAGAAGAAGGAUAACAUCUACGUUGCAACCCACAUCCGCAAUUUGUCUAUGCCAGAAUACUUAUUCCAGUUUCCUAAUUUGGUUAAUAUACUUGAUGCACUAUAUUGUUGGAGCAAUCACCACAACAAUCUUGAAGACAUUCUGUUGCCAGCCUUGAUCACGAAGCAAGAAAAUAGUUUUUUUUCUCAAUUCAAUACCAAAGAUGUAAAUGAUGUGAACAUGCAAGUGUGUGUGUAUAGCUUGAACUAUCCAGACUACGACUCCAGCUUCGUUAGCAACACUGAGGAGGUACUGGCAUACAACAUGAUAUUUGUUCGGACUAUGCCGGUGAAAUCCUAA